AUGAGCACUGUGAAGAUAACGUGUAAUGAUGAUCUCACCUACGAGCAGAGUAGUGGAAGCAGUUGGGAGGAGACGUUCCCGUCGAUAACGAGGCGUCUACGCCUCAAUAUAUACCUCCGCCACCGUGCGAUCCUCUCCUCGUUUCCUUUUCUUUUCGGCCGCGCUUCCAUCGACCUCCUCCUCCUCCCCGAUGGCCAUCAAGCGCGUCUUCCUGGCGACCACCCCGACUUCAAGGUGGACACCAGCGGCGGCGCCCCGAGGCUCGCCUUCUGCAAGAGGGCGCGCUACUGGAGCUCCACCGACUACCAGGAGACGCGCGUGCUCGGCGAGGGCGGCUUCGGCGGCGUCGUGGAGGCGCGCCACCUCAUCAACGGCUGGACCGUCGCCGUCAAGAAGCCGCUCCCCUGCGCGCACGAGGCCGCCGGCGUCGCCUGCUGCGGCUGCGCCGACGCCCGUACGCUUCGCGAGGCGGCGUUCCUCGCCGCGUGCCACCGCCACCGCGCCAUCGUCGAGCUCCGGGCGCUCUCGCUCGACCCCUUCGCUCGGAAGCUCUCCGUCGUGACAGAGUGCGUCGGGCCCAGCCUGCACGACGUCCUCCAUCAGCACCGGCAAGGCCGGCCCUUCCCCGAGGCCGAUGUGCGCUGCAUCAUGGAGCAGCUCCUCGGCGCCGCCAAGCACAUGCACGGGCUCCGCAUCAUCCACCGCGACAUUAAGCCGGGGAACAUCCUCGUCGGCGCAGACGGCAUCAGCAACGUCAAGAUCUGCGACCUAGGGCUCGCGGUGUCCAUGUCCGAGCCUGCGCCGUACGGGCAGCACGGCAUACGCCGGUACAUGGCGCCGGAGAUGCUCCUCGGCAAGAACGACUACGACGCCACGGUUGACAUGUGGUCCCUCGGCUGUGUCAUGGCCGAGCUCCUCUCCGGGAAGCCGCUCUUCGACGGGGACGACGACGCCCAACAGCUCCUCGCCAUCUUCCGCGUUCUCGGCGUGCCAUUGUUCACGAUCUGGCCAGCCUACGAGUCAUUGCCGCUCGCCGGGAAGCUGGUGACGCCGCCGCAUGUCAUUUCCCGCAACAAGCUCCGUGAGCACUUUCCUGAGGACCUCCUCUCCAAAGAAGGCUUCGAAGUCCUCAAGGGGCUCCUCUCGUGCAACAUCGACAAGAGGUUGUCGGCCACCACCGCGCUCAGGCGACCAUGGUUCGCCAACGCCGUUGUCGAUGCUUCAGCCUGAUCUCUAACUGCUGCUACAAAGAAUAUUUUUGGGCUUCAAUUAACACAAUUGUUUUUUGGAAUAGUUUAGAAUUGUUUGUGGCAAAAUUGGAGAUAUAUGUACUUUGAUUUCAUACCGAAAAUUUGGAUUGCA